UUCCCCCAGGAUCCGGGGCUGAGCCCAACUUAGGACCUUCCCUGAGGGGGCCGAGCCAUUAGCGGCUGUCGCCUCAGCGGAGCCCCUUCUCGACUCCGCUGCAGGGCGGGCUUUCUCUCUUUCUCUUCCCUCCCUUUCCGCCGCCGAGCGAGAGAAGCAGAAACUGCAGCAAGUCCGGGAGGCAGAGAGGGAGCGGGAAUGCCGCCGCGCGUCGCCUCCGGUGGCCGGAGCUGCCCGUAGAUACCUCGUGAGGGGAGAAAAGAGGCGGAAAGCGGAGCCCGAGCCGCCGUUACCUCAAGUGGGCAUUGCGGCGCUGUGAGGCUCCAGAGGCGAAAGACCUAGGAGGCUGUUGUUGCGGUGGCGGCGGGGCUUGAAGCGGGCAAGGCAGUGCGCCUCGCUUCGGUAGCUUCGGCGGUGGGAACCCAACAUGCCUCCCUCUUCCUUGCCGCUGCCGUCGUCAUUGUCCUCCUCGCCGCCGCUCUCCCCGCCCGCCGCCUGAAGCGAGGGACCUUCCUCUUCCUCUUCUCCUCUGUCAGCCAAAGUUCCCAGACGGCCCCGACCCCACCCCAGGCGGCGGCGACGCAACAACAUGAGGCGCGCCGAGGAUCUGGAGGGCUUCGACGGGGAAGCCUCGAGCACCUCCAUGAUCUCCGGCGCCAGCAGCCCCUACCAGCCCACCACCGAGCCCGUCAGUCAGCGCCACGGGCUGCGCGGCCUCCGCUGCGACCCCGAUUACCUGCGGGGGACCUUCGGCAGGCUCAAGAUCGCCCAGGUGGUUUUGGCAUUGAUUUCCUUCAUCUGCAUAGAGACCAUCAUGGAAUGCUCCCCUUGUGAAGGCCUUUAUUUCUUUGAGUUUGUUAGCUGUAGUGCAUCGGUAGUUACUGGAGUUCUGUUGCUUAUGUUCAGUCUAAAUCUUCAUGCAAGAAUACCACAGAUCAACUGGAACAUUACAGAUUUGGUCAAUACUGGACUCUGCACUUUCUUCUUUUUCAUUGCAUCCGUAGUACUUGCUGCUCUAAACCAUAACAAAGGAGCAGAAAUUGCAGCUGUGAUAUUUGGUUUUCUGGCAACUGCAGUCUAUGCUGUGAAUUUGUUUUUAGCAGUUAAAAAUUGGAGAAUUAACAGUCGACAACAAAACACACGACAGACCAGUGAUUAUAUACGGGCUCGGACAGAAACCAGAGAAGUAGAUCAUCGCCCAGAGAUUCAGCGUCUGGAUGGGUGAAAAUUGCAUUCAAGGUGGGAUCCCCCAGAAGAAAAAAAAGCCUGCAGACUUUAAAAAUAAAUAAAUAAAUGUUCACUUUUAUAGGAAAUGAAGGAGGAGCAUGUGGUGGCCGUGAGCACUAGCAUGUACAAAGAGAGGGAGAGGGAUUGAGAAACAAUUGAUGUGAAGGCUAUAAUGACUGACCUUUUCAAAUGAAGAUACUUGUCCAUAAACAUGGAGGAGAAUGAAGACGAGGAUACAUCAGAGUGAAGAAUUGUCUUGGUGCGCAGUACUUUCUUGAGUUAGCAGGCCCAGAGAGAGGAUUGGUUUUCAGUCUACAUGUCCAUCAUCCAGUACAAACAUGACAAUUAACACUGGCAAUAGAUUGGUCUUUUGAAAAUUGAAUUUCCAAUAGUAGACAUAAUGCAUUGGGGGAGGAGAGAAACAGCAAUAACAUAAGUCAGGUAUUGAGUUACACAACCACUGUGUACAUUUCCUUAACAAGAUUUUCCAAUUAACUUUAGUUCUCAAACUCCUACAGUUCUAUUAUUUAUCUACAGUAGCCAGUCAUGUCAGACUUUUAGUUGAAGGAUUGGGUGGUGGAAAAUAGACUUUUGACCAAACAGAAAGUAUCAGAGCUCGCUCCAUUUGUGACCACAGCUAAGUAUGGACUGGGAUUUAACGCCUAAAUCCACUACACAUUCAUUUCCCUUUCCACUUUACAAGAGACCAAUAUGAAGUUGGCACUGAGCUUUAACAUUCAACUGUAGGAAAGCCUCAUUGUGAUCAGGUUUAAGAAAUGUUUGUGUUGCAUCUAUGUACUGCAGUAUUUCUGAAACUAUAUAGUUAACCUGAGAGCUUAAUUUGUUUGGCUUCAAAUUUUGAUUACCCAAAUUAGUUUGAUCUUCAUUUUUGCAGAAUUAAAAUAUUUUUACUAAUAUAGCUGAAGCUCCCUAAAUAAUAACUUUUUAGGCAUGAAAGCAGAUCUACAAAAUGUCUGAAUAAUUGUCCACAGAUGAAGACUUAUUUUUGCCAGUGAACAUUGACAGAGUAGCAGUUAUGUGGUCCAUUUAGUUUACAUACCAUUCUAUAUACCAUCCUAGUUUUCUUUCAGUCUUCUCAGCAGCAUUUGAUAGGGAAAAUAAUGCACUCUGUGGCUAGGGAAUUUGGAACCACUAAUUAGAGUCUCUCAUUAGCUUCUUGGUUCGUGUCUCUCGCAUCUGUUGUUUCGGUCAACCACAUGAUUAAUAUGUGAAGCCAUUCACAUGGCCAUAUCCAUUCUUUUCAAUAUGUUUCCCUUAUGAUGACGAGUGCAGUUAUUACUGGAGGUACAUUCUUUCCUAGGUCAUUUUGUGUGUCUGUGUCUUGAAGGCCAGAAAGUAGAAUGGUAAAUGUUGGCUGAAUGUCACUGAUUGUAGGAUGUGAGAUUCUCCUGGUUGAUGAUAUUGGUGAGUCUUCUUACGCUUUGUUUCCUAAUAUCCUUCUGGAUCCUAAAAGCUCAUACUUAAGCCUCUAAGAUAAUAAAACCCCUAGUUUCCUUUAGCUUUCCUACUCUUUGGAUGGGAACUUUGUUUAAAGUUGAGUAAUUCAAGAACACUGCUUGUUGCCAUGGCUGACUUCCUCAAAUAACAAGAGUGCAUUCAGUUUGCUGUCUGAUUUUUUUUUUUAAAAGAAGAGAAAUACUCAAGCUACCAAAAACCAUUUCUAUAGUUCUGCAAUGAUUUAGUGACCUUAAUUAAUCUUUUUUUCCCUAAGAGGUCUUGUGAUCUGUCACAAGUUAACUUGGAAAUGAAUGCAUUUAAUCUCCCAUUGGAAUGAGCACUUGAAAAAUACCUUUUGCUAUUUUUGAUGCUUGUAGAGCAGGUUCCCUUUUCAAUGUGUGAGAGAAAUCCUGUUUCCUGGUGAUGCUUCCAGUACAGCAUGUGGCUAUAUAUCUCCAUUUUAUGUAGCUAUUAUGGCCAGUAACUCUUGUCAUUUUUGUCAGCAUCAAAGGAAAGCAUGUUCUAAAGCUUUUGGUUUAAUGUGUGGUACUUUUUUUAAAAAAAAAUGCUUGCUGAGGAGGAGGACUUAAAUUUGCAGAUGAAUGAAUUUGCAAUUUCCGCUAAAAUGUUUUUUGGGAUCAAAGAGUAGCUAUACAUUUUUAAAUUGGGGACGCAUUUACAGUUUGAAAGAGAUGGGUUUGAUAUGAUGGUGGAUAUUUAAUAUAAAAAGGUUGUAUAUUUUGUGGUACACUUUAUCAAUGCAGGCAUUUCUGAGCACAGACUGAUGGGACAUUUUGAGAACAUUUCUGUUUUGAAUUUUCCCUGCAGUGUCUUUGAUACUAUGGUGAGGUUUUGCCUUUAGGAUUUUAUUUAGACACAAAGACCAGGAUCCUAAGAAUUAUGCAGAUAGUUCGACAUUUUCAAGGAGUCUGACCCUGUAUUGCUUGAAAAGCGAAUCUGGGAGGCAUCUCAAAAGCAGUUUGUAACAUGACCUGCUGUUUAAAGAACUAAAGCACAAGAUUCUACUGAUAAGAAUCCUGCUUAGUUUUUGUCCAAAGUACUUAUGUCAAAGCUACGGGGUGUCCCCCUGCUUGCUUCACUUGCCAACCCUCUCGCCCUCAGUUUCCCUCUCCAGGAUUAUGAUGUAUUUUUUUCUUCUUCAGAUUCUGAACCCAAAAGAGAGUCACAGAUAGGAGUGUAAUCAUCGGGGAUUGUAGGGGGAAGGUCAUAGACCCUUUACUGUUUUGGGAGCAGGGUCCUAGCCAGGUCCCUAUACAUGAGCCAGUCUGCAUGAAAAGGGAGCAUUUUAGCCACUGAGAAGAGUCCUUGUCCUUUCAUGCUGAUUGGAACCAGUCAGAGUGAAAGGAGGUGAGUCAGCCCCUGAGAAGAUUCUUCUUAAUAGCUAACACACAGCCUCCCCUUUCAUGCUGAAUGGCUCCUAGGGAUGUCUGUUUUAGUGGAAUGUGAACUUGCAAGAUGACAGGGAGAGCAAGGGAGAUGAGGAAAAGGGUGUGUGACUGUGAUGAGGCAUGGCGUGACUAUCAUGAAGAGAUCCUGCACUACACUACCGGCCACAUAUCUCCCCCUCAAAGACCACCCUUGCCUCCCCCCAAUAUAUAUCAUCUUCCCCCUCCGCCUGUUACCCUUUCUUUCCCUCUCUCUCUCUCUCUCUCUCUCUCUCUCUCUCUCUCUCUCUCUCUCUCUCUCCUGUGAGAAAAAGCAUCCUUCAGUUCCAGGGAGGGAUGGAGGACAAUUACCCUCCCCGUCCUCCUCCCCUGAGGUUACCCAUUUGGGCUUUAAGGUGGUUUCCUGCAAGAGCUGGCUUCCAAGCCUUGACUCUGUCUGUGUGUCUCAUGUGCCCCCUACUGUCUCAGACUGUCAUCACAGUGUACUGGUUUGUUGCCACAAAUAUUAUAGAGAUGGAAAAAUGAGAUAAGGAUGUCUGAACAACUUGCAGAUAAUAAGUGGAUAUUUUCUUUCAGGUUUGCAAACCUUAUUAAUUCAACUUGUUAUAUUCUAAAGUACUGGCUUAAGGGUAAUCUGACUUAGCUGUACAAGCCUUGUGGUCUGUAUGUCUUUGCUUGUUUUCUGUUGCAACAUCUUUAAUGUCAUAAAAUCUAACAAGCAAUGAGGUGCUGUGUUUGAAUGACUGGAAUAUGUGUGCGUGUCCUAGUACAGCAAUUAUUAUAUUUUUCACUCUAUUAUACAUGUGUGCUCAUCUGUCUAACUAAUACAUUGCAAUCUGCAUAGUGCUGGACAGUGCCCUAUCUUCACAGUGCCCACUGAUGUAAGAGAUUUGCGAUAUAUACCUUGAUUAGCUUUCUGUAGCUCCCAAUGAGUCAAAAACCAGACUUUGCAUUCUCUCUAGGACAAAUGCCUGGGACAAAUUUGUCCUUGUGGAAAUGGCUCAGUCCCUGCAAUGUAACUUUAAAAAGCAUGAUUGAAUCUGCCCAAAACCAAAUAACCCACUUAUAAAGUUUGAUAUUAUGGAAUUUGGUGCAUGUAUCAAUCACGCAUGUGGUAUAGUGCCUGUCUUCAUCUGUCCUGCAAGCAGGGCUGAACGCCUUUUACCAAUUGAUGGUAUCUGAAUAACUCUUUCCCCCUCCAUUUGGACUUCUCCAAUCCCUUCCUUACCCAUUUGUCAUCAUUUUGUUUUGCCAAGUUUAAUGUGUUUGGGUUUUUUAUACAUAGUUUGUACAGUAGCCUUGAUUCUUAUAUUUAUAGUACAGGACUUUGCAUUUUCAGCAUUGAGUUAAUUUCUUCCUUAUGGUUUGCACGGAAAAAGUUAGUCAAUGCAUUUUAAAGGCUUGCUGUCAGCCUUUGUUUCAUAAUUAAUUAUGAAGACAUAAGUACCCAAGGCAACAUCCAGAUCUUUUAAAAAGAGUUUAGCUUCUGUAGUUAGGGCUGGUCCCUACAGCUGUGCUAAUAACUUCUAAGUAAAAAACAAGAGGUUGGAAUGAGAUAUACUUUUUUUUUUUACAGCUGCAGAUGAUUUUGUGGAAAACAGUACACUUCUGUAGUAGUUUAAUUCAGGUGUCUUGAGAGGAACAGAAAUAGAUGGCUUGAAGGAAAUAUGGCUUAUCUGAUGACUUUUUAAUAUACAUUCCACAAAGCUUUUACUCUGGAGUAAGGAUGGGGGGAAAGUUUAAUUCAGUUCGCAUUUGAAACCAAAUUUAUCAAAUUUGCACUUUCUGAAACAAUAUGAGAACCAAAAACACAGCCACCUUUCAGAUUUUGCACUUAUCUGAAUUUUGUGCUGGGAGUUCUCCAACCAACCCAUGUUUACAAAAAUGCAUGUUAUAGAGGAAAGGGUGCGUAAUAUAAAUAUGUUAGUGAAAAUAACAUACACAAAUGCAUAAUAUUAGGAGAAAAUGCUUGCAAAAAUGUGUAAAUUGUAUUGCAUACAAAAAUGUGUUAGGAGAAAUUUACCUUUUUAAAAUUAUGAAGAAUUUUAAUGGGGAAUUUUUAAAAAAAUCUCAAAUUGUUGCAGGAAUGUGGAAAACUGAAUUUAUGAUUGGAGAAAUGAGAAACCGAGAGAAUCAAAAUGGGUAGAUCCUUCCAUCUCUACUUUGGAGUUGUCUUAUUCAAAUUUAAGGGCAUAAGACUGUUCUGAAGCACAAGACUUAGAUAGUAACUUUUAGAAAAAUAUGUUUCAUUCACAAAUAUAUAAUAUGAAAUCUCCCGAUUCUUGAAGUGGGCCUUUUAGGAAAGGUACAAGAAGCUGCAGGAGAUGUGCAAGGUCCUAUCUUGAUCUCUCCUACUAAGCCUGGCCCUUAGCUACGUCCUAACUGGAUCAGGAGGAAAAACCUGUUAAUAUAACAUAAUAUUAUAAUAUAAUAUAACUAUGUGCUACCACACGUACUGUAUUGAUUGAUGGACUGAUGCAGUGUAUGUGUGCGCAGUUUUUCCUUCCGUUAGACAUUAAGGUCAAACAUGUUUUUUCUCCUAUUUAUCUCUCUGGCCCUAUGCAUAAGACAGGAGUCAUGAGCUCUGCCAACAACUCAUCUUUAAUUUUCUUUCGACUACAAUCAUAUACCCAUGUACUUGGACAUAAACUCCAUUGAGCUUAGUGGGACACUUUUGAGUAGACAUGUUUAUAGGAUGAAUUGACAAUUAUGGGGAGGCUCAUCUCUUUUGUAUGUUUGCAAGAGAUGCUUUCUGUUACAGAGUGAGAGACUUCCCUGUCUAAACAUUUCAAUAAAACUAGAUGGACCCUGACACUUUCAGGGCCAAAUAGUCCACACUAUAACAUCUUAGUUCUCAUUUUUGUUCAAAACUAACUUCAUUUGUCCAGUAUUUCAGACUUGAAUGUGUAUUGGUACUCCCUUGUUGCGUGUUGUGGACGCUUAGUGCAUUCUUGCACUGCUAUUAGUGCACCUUUUGGUGAAAGUUUGCAGGUGUGUGUGUGUGUUUGUGCAUAUUUUUGUUACCUUAGUGAUUCUUGGAUAACUCCCAUACACUUGCUCAACCUGGAAUAAAUGAUGCACUUAAGUUGUCUUCUGUGGACAAAUUUCUCCUCAUCUGCAUUAUUGUGGAUGGAACCUAUUUGUAUAUAUUGAAGUUUAUGUAACUGAUAUACUAAUAAUGAAAAGGUAACCUGUAUAUUUAUUAUUCAUUGUAUCAUCCCUGUUCGGAUUUGAGACGUUGACACUUGUUUUGCCUUUUCAUACUUCUUGACAAACAAGACCUAGUCUCACCUAGGGUGACUUUGUGUGUGUAUGUGUGUUGUAAGUACUACUCAAAUCAAAUAAAGAUCCUACACACAAACACUCUUUUAUAACCAUGAAUGACUAACACAUUUUAGUUUCUUUAAGUUUCUGUUAAAUACCAGCCUUAAUGAAAUCAUCAGGCUUUGCUUUGGUCUGUGCCCUAAAGGUUCUGCUUUCCAGGUAGAACUUGAAAUGUAUAUGCCAGUUGUUCUGCCAUGUCCAAGAUCCAUUUUUUUUUAGCAGGAAGUACAGGUGCUUUGGCAAAAGACCCUAGUUGAUCUGCACAGAAAGUAAAAUGGGUUUGUUGGGUUAGUGGUGGAAUCAAAUUGAAGCAGGCAGCAAAGAAGUACAGUAGGGCCCCGCUUAUACGGCGGGUUAGGGACCAGGCCCCUGCCGUAAAGCGGAAAUCACUGUAAAGCGGAACCCAUAGACUAUAAUGGGGCCGUUGCGUGAAAAUGUCGCAAAAUGCUGUAAAAUCGGCUUUAAAAAGGGGAAUUUCCCGCUGCCGCAUUAGCGGAACGCCGGAAUGCGAAGUGCCGGUAAGCGGGGCCCUACUGUAAUACCUAAAUUAUGUGCCAGCCCAAGGCAGUACUUUGAAAGCAGUGGCACUAGUGGGUGAACAGGUUGCUCUUCCUUCUAAAACAGUUUCAAAUAUGUACUAAGGUUGUAUUUCCACACAUUUUGCUUUUCAAGGGACUGGCUCUGAAAACCAGUAAGUUUGGGGUCUAAAUUUCCAUGUCUAGUUCAAAUAGAGGUAAUCUGUGUCUCAGUUGUCCUCCUAUUAACUGAUGCUGUGCUCCGCCAGACUUGUUUCAUCAACCAAAACUCCUGUGACCAAAAAUGUUGUUGCAUUUGUGGUAUUUCUCCUUCAGGAUGAGUUUUGUGACCUAUGGAAGCCUGUGUAUUGAAAAUCAAAAUUUUGAUUCCUUUCAAAUGCUAAGUUGCGUAGUGUGUAAAGUACUCUUUGUAUUAAAACCAGAAAGUUGCUAUUAAUGUUCUGCUUAGAGCAUGUCUAGGUCAAUGUCAAUGAUGGGAUGCUCAGAAAUAGUUGCAGAAAAAUCUUUAGGGUUAAUUCAGAGUUAACUUUUCGAAUUGGCCAGCUCCUUAGUUAGGCAGAAUGGAUCCAGUUUUCUUUUUUUGGUAGGCUGCUGUUGCCCUCAAUUAUUCUCUUGAUUUAUUGGGUACUGUAAAGUAACUCAAACAUUCCAACUAAGUACAGAAGAGAGUUAAGAGAAUCCAACACCUAGAACAUACCAUUAAACACUCUUGGAAGCAAGUCCCAUAGACUUUAAAUGUUCUUACUUCCAAAUAACUCUGGUUAGUCAUGUGCCUAGGCAUACAAUACCAAGCACACACUGAAAAAACAAUAAUAAUUGAAAUGCCUAGGACUUUAUAGUAAAUGUGCUUAGAACUGAGGUUAGAAAGUUGUUCCAGUUGCCACCUUGGUGCAGGCUCUACAGGCCCUGCUGUUGACAUGUCAAACUGGCUUCAUCCUGGGCCUUUAAUGUAAGGCACGUAUAUCAGUCAGUUUUCAUAGCUGUUUUAGCAGCAAAUCACAGCACCGUUACACUAAUAAAAUCUACUAGCAAGAUGGUAUAGUUACCACAUAGAGAUUUUUGCCAUAAUCCCAUUACUUUGGUCUCCAGGCUGGUGCCACCUUCUGAGCAUUCCAGAAUCUGCAUUCAGAGGAUUUAUGCUGCCUUUCUGGUUUAGCACUGGAAAGUAAUUAAUUUAGGCCCUCAGGAAGCUCUUUCCUGUGCAGAGACACUCAUCUGGCUUCACUAUUUGUGCUGUGAAACCUUUUAAAAAAUGUGUUCAACCACUCCCUAAAUCUUUAUAGAGACCAGUAGUAAUCCAUGCACUUCCUUUUUAUUUGCAAUAUUAGUAUACAUUUUCUAAGUUUCAAGAUGAAGGAUUGUAAUAAUUUUUACUUUAUUGUGAUACUGAAGGCAAUCACUAAAGCGCUGCUUGAUCUUGUCUGUUUUUAAAUUUAUUCUUAAGUGGUGUACUUGUAUAAGUUUUGCUUUGUAUAUUGGCAUGAUUUUUUUGGUAAUUUACAGUUUAAUGUGGCUAUCCUUUUGCAUUUUUAUCAAUGCUAAUAUUUCCUCUGUUCUUUUUGGUACACCAAGAUACUGAGCUCUACAAAAAAAAAUAUCAUGGUACAUGUCUGUUUUCAUAGUGUUUUUAAAAAAAAUCUGUAUUUUUGUAUGUAGGGAAAACCAUAGGUUUUCUGAAUCCUAAUCUUGUAUGGAAUCAUUGUAAUGGAUUUGUUUAAUAAAUGG